AUGCCAAAGUUUAAUAAAAGAACGUUAGCAAUGAUGGCAAUUAUUUUGGACGAGGAAGAAGAGAAUUGUCACCAAAAACGUAGAACAACAUUUGUUCGAGAAAUGUUAAUUAAAAGAAAUCAAUUUGGGGAAUAUCAUACAUUGUUCAAUGAUUUACAAGAUGAUGAAACUUCAUUUUACAAAUAUUUUAGAAUGUCACAACAUCAAUUUUAUGUUCUGUUAUCUAAACUCGAUUUUCAAAUCACAAAACAAAAUACAACAUUUCGAGAAGCUAUAAGUGCUAAGGAAAAGUUAAUGGGGUGCUUACGGUAA